UAAUUAAAUUUAGACCGCAAACAGUAAUUAAGUGCACUGCAUUUAAACGUUUAAUUUAAUUUAAUUCCAGCGCAGCGUUUAAUUUUAUGUAGUGCAAAAGAGCGGGGACUUUUAUUUUGGAAUGUAGGUCAACUGUCGAAAGUAAGUGCCGAGUCUUUGCUCUGACCUGACGGACCAAGAAGUUUUGGCUGCUGGAAAGGUUCGUGUUCGGAAGAGAGAGAAAGCACGAAUGACGAACAAGUGCGGUUAAAUAUUACACGAAUGUCUGUGAAAUUAUCACCGGGGUGUUAACUCACAGAUAGUACAUUAUUGAAUGAGAGGCCAAGCACCUUCGAUAGUAGCAAUCUAGCUCGCUGCUAUCUGGAUCGAAGUCGCUUUUAUUCAGACUCGGUUUUGUAGGACUUCAACCGAACUUUAACCAGGGAUGGACGACCCAACAGUACUGGAGAUUUGGAUGUGAUUAGAAUAACGACUAAAAGCGGGGUUUUCAGUGGUCAGAUGUGGCUGCUGGGACUGGAGACGGGAAACGUGUCACUGAUAAAGCGGCUGAGGCUGAAGUUAGCGCCUCAGCGGUGACAUCUAUCCAUUCAGCCCGAUCCGCCCCACAGGGGGAGUCCAUCCAGCGUAGGAUUGUAUUUACCCUAAACUUCACUGCCCGGUGAUUUUAACACUUCUUAAACCCCUCUGGUGUUUUGUCAAGAUGGGUUCGUUGUUUCGGAGUGAGGAGAUGUAUCUGGCCCAGCUCUUUCUGCACUCCGGGUCCGCUUACGACUGCAUCAGUGAACUCGGCGAACUCGGGCUGGCGGAGUUCAGAGACCUUAACCCAAGUGUGAACUCUUUUCAGCGAAAGUUUGUCAGUGAAAUCAAGAGAUGUGAAGAGAUGGAGAGGAUUCUGGGAUAUCUUCUGAGGGAAAUUAAAAAAGAAGACAUCCCACUGCCAGAAGAGGAGGUGAACCCAGCUGCACCAUUACCCAAACAUGUGAUGGUCAUAAUGGAGCAACUUCAGAGACUGGAACUGGAGCUGAGUGAGGUCACCAGAAACAAGGAGAAACUCCAGAAGAACCUUCUAGAACUGACUGAGUACACACACAUGCUGCACAUCACACGCAACUUUGUGCACCGCAGUGCAGAGAGAGAGCCGUCGCGGGUCCAGUAUGAAGAGUUUCCCUUCCUAGAGAAAGAACCAAUGAUGGACUACACCAGCAUGCAGAGGCUUGGAGCCAAGCUUGGGUUCAUUUCUGGGCUGAUCCAGAGCGUAAAAAUCGAGGCAUUUGAGCGAAUGCUCUGGAGAGUGUGUAAGGGCUACACCAUCCUCAACUACUCUGAGGUAGACGGGCUUCUGGAGGACCCUGAUACGGGGGAGCCAACCAGGAGUGUGGUGUUCCUCAUCUCUUACUGGGGAGAUCAGAUUGGACAGAAAGUUAAGAAGAUUUGUGACUGCUACCACUGUCACCUGUACCCAUACCCCAACAGUAAUGAGGAGAGGACAGAUGUGGUGCAGGGGCUCCGCACACGCAUUCAGGACUUGCACACGGUUCUUCACCGUACUGAGGACUAUCUGAGGCAGGUGUUGAUCAAGGCCUCAGAGUCUGUGUACAUUUGGGUGAUCCAAGUUAAGAAAAUGAAGGCCAUAUAUCACAUCCUCAACCUCUGCAGUUUUGAUGUCACAAACAAGUGCCUCAUAGCUGAGGUCUGGUGUCCCGUGAAUGAUCUGCCCGCACUUCGGAGAGCUCUAGAGGAUGGAUCGAGGAAGAGUGGAGCCACAGUUCCCUCAUUUGUCAAUCGUAUCCCGAGCAACGACACUCCACCAACCCUCAUACGCACCAACAAGUUUACCUCAGGCUUUCAGAAUAUAGUGGAUGCCUACGGCGUAAGCAGCUACAGAGAGGUCAACCCAGCUCCAUAUACAAUCAUUACCUUUCCCUUCCUGUUUGCUGUGAUGUUUGGAGACCUCGGGCAUGGCGUCAUCAUGGCACUGUUUGCUCUGUGGAUGGUUCUCUAUGAGAAUGACCGCAAACUGAAGAAAACCAGAAAUGAGAUCUGGAACAUUUUUUUCGAGGGCCGUUACAUCAUCCUGUUGAUGGGUAUAUUUUCAGUCUACACUGGGUUAAUAUACAACGACUGCUUCUCCAAGUCACUCAACCUGUUUGGCUCAGGGUGGAACGUCCGUGCCAUGUAUGAUCAUGGAGGCUGGAAUGAACACACGGUCAGAUCAAAUAGCUUCCUUGCACUGGAUCCAAAUGUCACAGGAGUCUUUAACGGGCCCUAUCCUCUGGGCAUUGACCCGAUCUGGAACCUGGCGUCAAACCGUCUCACCUUCCUGAACUCCUAUAAGAUGAAGAUGUCUGUGAUCGUAGGAAUAAUCCACAUGACUUUUGGAGUAGUCCUUGGUGUUUUCAAUCACCUGCACUUCAGAUGGACAUUCAAUCUGUACCUGAUAUUUCUGCCUGAGCUGCUCUUCCUGUUGUGCCUCUUUGGCUAUCUGGUCUUCAUGAUCAUUUAUAAGUGGCUGUUUUUCGCAGUCAGAGACUCUCAGACAGCUCCCAGCAUUCUCAUCCACUUUAUCAACAUGUUCCUGAUGCAGGGGGACUCCAGUCAACCCCUCUACCCAGGACAGGCCGGGUUUCAGGCGUUCCUGGUGACUGUGGCCGUGCUCUCUGUGCCUGUGUUACUAUUGGGCAAACCUCUCUACCUCUACUGGCAACACAAGGGCAGAGACCGCCUGAGCAUGUACCGGGGUUAUCAGCGUGUACGGCGGAGUAGUGAGGAGGAGCUCUCUCUCAUGCAUGCUCAUGAUAUGGAGGAGGGCACCAGUCUGGACAGCCACUCCUGCAGCUCUGACAGCCAAUCAGAGGAGUUUGAUUUUGCAGAUGUCUUCCUCCAUCAGUCCAUCCACACUAUAGAGUACUGCCUGGGUUGCAUCUCUAAUACUGCGUCUUACCUCCGCCUGUGGGCUCUCAGCCUGGCACAUGCCCAGCUCUCUGAAGUGUUGUGGGCGAUGGUGAUACGGGUCGGUCUGCGUGUGGACACCAGGGUGGGCAUUGUGUUUCUGGUGCCUGUUGUUGGUCUGUUUGCUGUCCUCACUGUGUCCAUCCUGCUGGUGAUGGAGGGACUUUCAGCCUUCCUUCAUGCUCUCAGACUCCACUGGGUGGAGUUUCAGAACAAGUUCUACAGCGGCGCUGGCGUCAAGUUUGUACCGUUUGCCUUCUCUCUCUUGCACUCCAGCUUUGAAAAUGAGGGGCUGUUAUGAACUAUGAGAUGCUAAAGACCAGACCAGAGCGGAUCUGUGGGCUUCAUUUUAACAGAUUUACAUACAGUGGUGUUUCACUACAUGCCAAAGUGGUCCAGCCAAAUACUCUUUAGGGAUUAUAUGGAGAUACCAGAUCAGCAUUGACAUACUGAGCCACAUCAGAUGCUUGGUCAGUUUUGGACAUGCAACCAUAUCAUAAACACACUGAGAUAAAGCAACAGCUCUGGACUGUAAAUAGGACUCUUGAGUGCUUU